GUGGCGUCACAGGAGGAGGGAUGUUGCUUUAAAUAUGGAAAAAAGACACGCUGCGCUCGGAGUCUUUACACUUUGAGAAGAAAUGUCGAUCAGAUGUUUCUUCAACACAAGUUUAUAUCGGGUGGCACAUUAUGAGGCUUGUGUGCUGUACUUUCAGAUUCAUUUUUAGAGUCCGCUAGCAAUUCCAGCAAUACAACUUCCCUUCUUUAGUCACAACUUGAAAGGCGCGUCAACUGUUGUGUUUGUCUAAACCUGAUCAAGCCGAAAGAACGAGACGACUGAACUUUUCCACAAUGGCAUCUGAAAAAAACAAAGUGGAGGAUGAAGCAGUUUUGGACAGAGGAGCAGCCUUUGUCAAGCAUCUCUGUGAUGAAGAGGAGGUAGAAGGUCACCACACUGUGUACAUUGGAGUGCAUGUUCCUAAGAGCUACCGGCGGAGGAGACGUCACCGGCGCAAGUCCAGCCAUAAAGAGAAGAAAGAAAGGACAGAACAUGUCACAGAGGGAUACAAGUCAGAUGGAGACAAUGUAGAGGACUGUGUUUCAAGUGUCCUCAAACCUCUUAUUUCUCCAGCUGAGAGAAUACGGUUUAUCCUGGGAGAAGACGAUGAUGGCCCUCCGCCUCCACAGCUCUUCACUGAGCUUGAUGAACUACUGUCUGUGGAUGGACAGGAGAUGGAGUGGAAGGAGACGGCCAGAUGGAUAAAGUUUGAGGAGAAAGUGGAGAAAGGUGGAGAGCGCUGGAGUAAACCCCACGUGGCUACACUGUCCCUACAUAGCCUGAUGGAACUCAAGACAUGCAUUGAGAAGGGUACAAUCAUGCUUGACCUGGAAGCCACCACACUGCCUCAAGUUGUUGAGGUGAUCACAGACAACCAGAUUGAGAGUGGACAGCUGAAGCCUGACCUGAAGGAGAAGGUCAUGUACACUUUGUUGAGAAAACACCGCCAUCAGACAAAGAAAUCCAACUUGCGUUCACUUGCAGACAUUGGCAAAAGUGUUUCAAGUGCAAGUAGAUUGUUUUCUAACCCUGAAAAUGGUAGUCCAACCCCUGCCCACCGAAACCUCACAUCCAACAGCUUGAGUGACUUCUCAGAUAAACCAGAGAAAGAUCAGCUCAAGAACAAGUUUAUGAAGAAACUCCCACGUGACGCUGAAGCUUCAAAUGUGUUGGUAGGAGAAGUGAAUUUCCUGGAAACUCCCUUUGUGGCAUUUGUUCGGCUGCAGCAAGCAGUGAUGCUGGGGGCUUUAACUGAGGUCCCUGUGCCUACAAGGUUCCUGUUUGUCCUCUUGGGUCCCAAAGGAAAAGCAAAGUCUUACCAUGAGAUUGGGAGAGCCAUAGCAACCCUGUUGUCUGAUGAGGUUUUUCAUGACAUUGCCUACAAAGCAAAGGACAGACAAGACCUGCUGGCUGGCAUUGAGGAGUUCCUUGAUGAGGUCAUUGUUCUGCCUCCUGGUGAAUGGGACCCUGACAUCAGGAUAGAGCCUCCUAAAUCUCUGCCCUCAUCAGACAAGAGAAAAAACAUGUAUUCUGGAGUAGAUCCCCCUCAUAUGAAUGGAGAUGCUCCCCAUGAUACAGGGCACAGUGGAGCAGGAGGAGGUGGAGGAGGACAUCAGGUUGGAGAGGAGCUGCAACGCACAAAUAAAUUUUGUGGUGGUCUUAUCCUGGAUGUCAAACGCAAGUUGCCAUUUUUUGCCAGUGACUUCUAUGAUGCUUUGCAUAUUCAGUCUCUUUCUGCCAUCUUAUUCAUUUACCUUGGCACUGUCACCAAUGCCAUAACCUUUGGAGGCUUGCUUGGUGAUGCUACAGAAAAUAUGCAGGGUGUGCUGGAAAGUUUCCUGGGCACAGCACUGACAGGGGCAGUUUUCUGUCUUCUAUCCGGACAGCCCCUCACCAUUCUCAGCAGUACAGGCCCUGUGCUUGUAUUUGAAAAACUCUUGUUUAACUUCAGUAGAGAUAAUGAGUUUGACUACCUGGAGUUUCGGCUGUGGAUAGGCUUGUGGUCGGGUCUGUUUUGUCUGGUGCUGGUCGCCACAGAUGCUAGUUUCCUGGUGCAGUACUUCACCCGUUUUACAGAGGAAGGCUUCUCUGCUCUCAUCAGCUUCAUCUUCAUUUAUGAUGCAUUCAAGAAGAUGAUCAAGCUGGCUCACCAUAACCCUAUUCACACUUACUAUGAUUCCAACCUUAUCACUCAGUAUGGCUGCCACUGUGUACCUGGCAACAAUUCAGAACUCCUUGAUCUUGCUGCCUGGACAAACAGUACAGAUCUGCCAGUCAAUGCCACCUGGGACUCUCUUACCAAAACACAAUGUUUGAAGUAUGGUGGUCAGCUAGUUGGUGAGACCUGUGACUAUGUGCCUGACAUCACACUCAUGUCCUUCAUCUUGUUCUUUGGGACCUACACCUGCUCUAUGGGUCUGAAGAAGUUCAAGACAAGUCGUUUCUUCCCUACCAGAGUGAGGAAGCUUAUCAGUGACUUUGCCAUCAUCUUGGCCAUUCUUCUGUUCUGUGGCGUGGAUGCCUUGAUUGGAGUUGACACUCCAAAACUCAUUGUGCCAAGUGAAUUUAAGCCUACAAGUCCAAAGAGAGGGUGGUUUGUUGCUCCUUUUGGAGGAAACCCUUGGUGGGUGUAUUUGGCAGCUGCAUUGCCUGCUUUGCUGGUCACCAUUCUUAUCUUCAUGGACCAACAAAUUACAGCUGUGAUUGUCAACAGAAAAGAACACAAACUAAAGAAAGGAGCAGGUUAUCACUUAGACCUGUUCUGGGUGGCAAUCCUCAUCAUUGUGUGCUCAUUCAUGGGUUUGCCCUGGUACGUGGCUGCUACUGUCAUCUCGAUUGCCCACAUCGACUCUUUGAAAAUGGAAACGGAGACGUCAGCUCCUGGAGAGGCGCCAAAGUUCCUGGGUGUCAGGGAGCAAAGGGUUACUGGCAUCUUUGUCUUCCUUCUCACUGGACUGUCAGUUUUCAUGGCUCCCAUUCUGAAGUUUAUCCCAAUGCCUGUGCUCUAUGGUGUGUUUCUGUACAUGGGUGUAGCCUCUCUCAAUGGAGUCCAAUUCAUGGAUCGGUUGCAACUCCUUCUCAUGCCAGCCAAACAUCAACCCGAUCUGAUCUACUUGCGUCAUGUACCACAGAGAAGGAUACACCUCUUCACAUUCAUCCAGGCACUUUGCCUAGCUCUGCUUUGGGUACUCAAGUCAACUGUGGCUGCCAUUAUAUUCCCUGUCAUGAUCCUUGCAUUAGUUGCAGUGCGUAAGGCCAUGGACUACAUCUUCUCUCAACAUGAUCUCAGUUACCUUGAUGAUGUAAUACCAGAAAAGGAUAAAAAAAAGAAGGAAGAUGAAAAGAAAAAGAAAAACAAGAAGAAGGGCAGCAUAGAUAGUGAAAUUGAUUAUUCUGACUAUCCCUACCAUGAAAAUGUCCCCAGUAUUAAAAUAUCCAUGGACAUGUUGGAGCAGGAGCCCAUGUUGAAGAAUAAAUCUGUGGAUAGAGAUGAGUCGCAGAUUUUCAUUGCCCCUCAUUCGGCGUGCUGAACACUACUUUGAGUCUUCCACAGUGGCCGAGUAAUCUUGACAGGGGUUCGUAUACCAAAGGUUCACCUCAGAUUCGAAUACACUGUGACUCCAUGGAAAAUGUAUUUUUGGGGAAGAAGGGCUCUGAAAUUGAUCUGUGAAUGAAUCCAUGGGCAAUACUUUGUUUGGAAGUAUAUAUUUUAUUUAUUUUCUUUUACUAAAUGCUAAUUUUUAUCAUAUUUAUUGUGAUUCAAAACCAUUUGAAUGUAAGAUGUUGAAUCUAGUUGGUUGAAUGCCUAUAAACAAUGUUGGUACAAUUUAAAAUCAAACUAUUUUAUGACAAAUGUGAUUUUUAUUCAGAAUGACUUCCUUGUAAAGCAUGUUACCUCUUCAGGAAAGGAAAUGUUUUGUAACUGUUAAGGAAAUGUUCUGACUCUACAUUUCUACUUGCACAAUGACCAGUCGGACCAGCUUCUUUCUAUGGCAAAGCUUCUGAAGGCAUUGUCUUUUUCAUUUUGAGUUGAACAAAGGGGAUGAUGCAACUCCAAAUAUAAGCCCUAAAAUAUUGUCCUUUAGAAAAAGUUAUGAGGAAUGGCUGUAUGUUAUUCAUAUAUUUUGCAACCUUUACACCCUGAUCUGAUUCCCUUUUAAAACGUGAUUCUUUACUUGUGUUUAGAACAGAACAAAUCAAAAGUUUGAUUGUUUUCAAGACCCUUUUCUUUAUUCACUACAUUAAUUAAUGUUGCAUUUUCUGAUAUGAAAGGCUUUGCCUUUCUCUAUAGAUGACAGCAAAUAUUUUAUAAUAUGUUGUAAUGUUUGGCCUCGCCUCAUUUUUAAACUUUAAUGUAUAUUGUAAUCAGAUAUGUAGUUUUGUUUCCAAAUAGAAUAUUUAGAAAUUAUAUUUUGAUACAUAAAAAUUGAACAAAUAUUUUUAUCUGUUUUAUUGUUACAAUCUAUGCAAUAAAUCACAUGUACACGCUGAACUGUAUGUGACCAGAAAUAUUAAAAGAAGGAUUUACUGCAGUAUAUUUAUGAAUGCAAAUGUGCAUUCAUUUUCCAUUACUAUGAUAAUAUUACAUGAUAUUCUUAGACUGUAGUGUGCUGAAGAGUUCAUAAAGUGGACUUUUUGUUAGGGAUAUUGGCCUCUUUUGGUUCUCCAAUAAAUCAGAACGGACAAUGAGUGUAAUAUGACAUUUUUAUUAGUAAUUGGAAACUUACUUAUUAUCAUCUUGGAAUGUAAUACAUCUCUUGAUGUUGACCUCUUGUGAUAUGAUUAAUGUGUUCAUUGUCCAUCAAUGCAAAUCUGUGUUUAGGCUGCACAGUAUUUUUCUGUGAACCUUUCUUAACAACUGAUUAGAUAAUGAGUGUGAUAUUUUUGAUGUUCAAAUCAUUUUGUACAAGACAUAAGCAUCUUUGAAGCAGAUGACCUUUUUUAUUGAUCCAUUUUUGAAAUCAAUAAAACACAAUAUGAUUCUUAA